AUGGUUGCUAUGUACAACGUUGCCGGCCGGCAGGUCGGAUCACACUGGCUGGCCAUUGCCACGCUUAGUGCGACUUUCGGUAUCCCAUAUCUGCUGACACGAGGCGGCGGUUCCAAGAAGUCACCUACACCCCCGAUCAACGCUUCAAGCAAGGACGAGGAGAAGUUCAUUCAGUAG